AUGUUAUCCACCACGCUGGUUGCGUUUUUGACGCAAGCGCUGCUAGCAGCUGCAGUGACAGCCAGAACCUUGGAUGUCUAUCCUGAAACCUUCCAGCUCUCGUCUGGCUUCCAGGAGUAUAAUGAGUCCUCUUGCAUCACUUUGACUCCAUCCGACACUCUUGCUACGUUGGAUUAUGGCACAGAAGUCGGCGGUUUUCCUUUCUUCCAUGUCCAGUCCAAAUCGGGAAAUGUUCAAGUGGAAGCCAAGUACACCGAACCCAAGAUUGGCUUAGCUGAGCCAUUUUCCGAUGGACCAUGGACCUUUUCAAAUGGGCUUGCUGGAACCUUCCGUGUAGAGACCUUUAAUGUGACUAAACCGGGCUCCGUUCAGUCUUACUUUAUUCAGGGUGGACUGCGCUGGCAAAGCCUGCGACUGCUUACCCAAGGUACCCUUGAGAUUUGCGGUGUCGGUAUCAAGUCUGGAAACGACCGUACACCUGUCAAAAGCCUCCCAGGAUACUUUGAAUGCUCGAAGAAACUGUACAAUGAUAUCUGGGCCCUCGGACCGCGCACAGUGCAGCAGGCCUGCAUUGAGGCGGGAACAGCAACUUCAACCUGGGACGUUACUGCAGAUGGUGUUCUCCUUCGUGGACAACAGCCAGCAGUGUCAGUCUUGGGUGGAAACUUUGCCAACUAUACCAUGGAGUUCACUACCAAAAUUGUUCGAGGUGGUACCGGUUGGAAGGUCGCCGCCGAAAUCAGCGGUCUAGGAGCUUACUUCGUUCUUACAAGCGAGUAUCCUGUUGCUUCUACUUUUGUCAACACCAACCGCACCCUCGUGCCUGCUAAUACACUAGCUGCUGGAUACGGCUGGAACUUGGUCAACCAGACUACCUUACUGACUGGAAAAGUGGAUUAUUUCCCCGUUCCCUUCCCUGUCAAGGAAGACGAGUGGUACAAAGUCUCUACGGUUGUUAAUGCAACUGGAUAUGGUGUCACUAUCAACGGAACAACUAUCUUCGUGCCGGUGGCCAGUCUUCAGAUUGUUACUGCGCCGUCUGGCAGUCUCUCGGAAGGUACUUGGGGCUUCGGACCGUAUCAAGACCAAGUUGCAUACGUGAAAAAUGUCAACGUCUACUCGAAUAAUGGCACUCGCCUAUAUCACAACGCCAUGACAUCUGAAUCUGUCCUGGAGGAAUAUGGUGUUAUGUCCAAUACUCACAAUCUUUGUCUUGACGGAGCUAAGCGUGACCGUUUGGUUUGGACUGGCGACUUUGCUCACACGCAGCGUGUCAUUGCGGCUAGUACUGGUCGAGAUGAUUUUGUCACUGGAACCUUGGAGUACAUCAUGGCCCGCCAAGCAUCUUCUGGAUCCAACGCAGGGUGGUUCAGUAUGGCCCCUGCUAUGGGCGCAGCAGCCAAAUACACCAACACAUACGACUCUUUUGGUCUCCUUGACUAUCAGUUCCUUUUCCUGGAUGCAUUCGCUGAUUACUACUUCAAAUCUGGAAACAACACAUUCUUGGAAAAAUACUGGGGACAGAUUAAGGAGGGCGUGGAGGUUGCUCUUCCUCUUGUAGACAAGUCUUCCGGGCUUGCGGUGCCCGUCGGAGGCAUUUUCUUCAUGGGUGCCAGUAACGGAACAGCCCCAUCUGCUGCUCUUGUCUAUACACUCCAGAAGAUGGCGAAGAUCGCGGGGAUUAUGAAGGACACUACAGCCGCAUCCACCUGGAACUCUACUGCUUUGUCAAUUUCAAAGGCCAUUAACCUUCAUCUCUGGAAUGAAAAUCUUGGAACAUAUGCAUCCGCUCUGACCACUCCCAAUGAGACAUCCAUUGCGGGAACAGCAUGGGCGAUCCUUGCAGGCGUCGCGAGUGAGACUCGUGCUAAGUCGGCAAUAGAGGCACUCUCUUCGCUUCGUACCGGUGUUGGAUACAAGGACUCUACCUCCGUCGCAAGCUCGUCCAGUACUCAAAUUUCGACAUUCCUUUCCGGCUUCCUACUCGAGAGUCUCUUGAGGAAUAGUCAGUCAAGCUCUUCUCCCUCCAACAUCACACGAAAUGCUAUCAAUGUUCUUCUCGAUCAAACGUGGGGAUCCAUGAUAACCGACGCUGAAACCUACACUGGAGGUUCCUGGGAGUAUGUUGAUGCUGCGGGUAGCCCUGGUCUGGGCCUCUAUACUUCCCUCGCCCACCCCUGGGCUAGUUCGCCUACUUAUGUUCUGUCGGACUAUGUUCUCGGUGUUCAACCAGCCUCUGUUGGAUACAAGCAGUGGACCUUCCGCCCUGCUAUCCUUGAUAUCGAUGUUACUUGGGCUCGCGGCCGUGUUUCCACUCCUCAGGGUACUAUUACGGCCUCUUGGAAUCUUACCCAGAACGACAUUGUUUUACGGGUCUGUGCACCUCAUGGUACCAGUGGCUUGGUUAGCUUGCCAUUUGUUGUGGAUUCGUACAGGCUCAACGGCAAAGCGCAGGCUGUCCCGACUCACAACUUCGAGGCCAGUGUUGCCGGUGGAUCAUGCCAGAAGUUGUCUCUUACACGGAUGUAA